UUUAAUUUUGAUCAUUCAUUCUGAACAUAGAAGAAAAUUCUUAUGCCACAUUAAUUCACAAAAUAUCUGUUUGUUUCGAAUGUGAAACAUAAUGAUGAUGUCGAUCGAAACAACAAUAGCAUCAACAAAUGUUGCAUUACCUCCAUCAUCAACGACAUCGACGUCAUCAUCAUCAUCAUCUGUCAUCGAUCAUGGAGGUGGUGAUGGAUCCACCAUUGGCAAUUCAUUGCCAUCAUUAUCAAUAACCAUGGCAAAUAAUGAAGCAAAAAUUCUACCAAAGAAACGAAAAUUAAAUUUAAAUCAUUUUGAUUUGUCAUCAACAUCAUCGACAACGACGACGAAUACAACGACAACAACAACAACAAGAAUACAUACAACCAGUGAUACGAAUAAUAAUCAAAUACUUUACCGUACAAUAGAUGGUGAAACAGAUAUGAAUAAUAGGAUUGUAGUAAUUAAAACAACAUCUCAUGACACUUCAUCAUCCAUUCUGUGUGAUAAAAGCCAUGAUUCACCAUUAUUAGCAGCGACAAAUGAUAUUGACAGGGAUAUAGAAGAAAAAACAUCAUCAUUGCCCGAUCUAUCCGAAUGGAUUGGACAUCGUGUUCUAGCAAGACAAAAAAGAUGGCCAAAUGAAUUAACAAAUCAUCAUCAUUGUUAUUAUUAUCAAACCGGUGUUAUAAAAUCAUUUGAUCUCAUCAAAGGUCUCGGUGUACAGUUUGAUGAUGAUGAGAAUAUCAGGUCAUCAUUAUCAUCAUCAUUGGCUACGACAACAACAAAUGCUGAUCUCUCUCAAUCAAUCUCCUCAUCACAUUCACAUUUAUCGAUUGAAUAUUAUUCUGGCAAUUGUCUUUCAUAUAUAAUCGGUGAUUGUGCACCAUCUGGUCGACAAAUUCGUGUUGGGAGCCGUGUGGUUGCACGAUCCUUGAACCGUUCACUACAAUUUCGUGAAGGUGUUAUCGAAGAAAUUUUAGUGAAUUCAAACAACGAAUCGUAUUCGAAAUCAUCGGUUUCUUAUCGUAUAAGAUUUGUUGAUGAAAAUUCAUCGAAUGAAUCUAGAACGGAAAUACUUUCAAGAGCUAACAUCCGACUGUUUCGACAGCCAUGGGCUGAUGAUGAUAAUGAUGAUGAUCAUGAUGUUGCUACAACGAAUAUUCAUCCGGUGAUAAAACAACAAUCAAUAACGAUUGUCGAACCAUUACCAUCACUAUCACCACAAAAACAACCAGAAUCAUCUAAACCUGCUACAACUCAAAUCGGUGUCAUUCAAGAAGCUCGAGGAUCUCAACAACAAUCGAAAUCGCCAUUAACAACAGGUAGUCAUAAUGUAAGUGUUAUUACAAUGGCAGGAUCAUCAUCAAUUUAUCACCAUCAAUCAUCGGCUAUUCGUCAAACGGAAAAUGAUUCUCAUAAAUCGCUUGUCAUACAGGGACCAAUAACGACCAACAAAUUCCAAUAUGAGCUUGAGAAUUCUACAUCAUCGAAAACUUUACCAUUUCAUCACCAACAUCAUCAUCCACAUAUACAAACGAGUAAUUAUUCAGAUUAUCUUCACCAUACUGGGUAUUAUCAUCAACAAAAUUCAGGACUCAUUAAUAAUGAUAAAAAUAGCAAUAAUAAUGUGGAUAAUGAUGAUGAUGAUGUAAUCGAUAUGAAUGGUGAUGAUGAGGAUGAGGAUGAUGAUGAAGCAGCCGAUGCUGAAGUUUAUCAAAGUUUAGCCAUGUUUGGUGGUUAUAAUGACAACAAUAUCAUCAUCGAUCAUCAACGUCAAUCAUCAAAUCAUCAAAGGACAGGGUCAACACCAACAAAAAAUUCAGGAUCUACAUCCUGUGCCAUAAACACUCAUCAACAUCCUGAAUGCAAUGAACUUAAUCAUCAAACACAAACAGGAACAACGACAAAUGCCUUACAACAAAAACAAUAUAAAAAAGGUGAUAUCGUUUCAACACCGAAUGGUAUUAGAAAAAAAUUCAAUGGAAAACAAUGGCGUCGAUUAUGUUCAAAAGAUGGCUGUACAAAAGAAUCACAACGUCGUGGAUAUUGUUCUCGUCAUUUGUCUAUGCGUGGUUCAAGUAUAUCUGCAUUAACAAAGAGUCAUCAUCAUCAUCAUCAUUCUAAUCCUCAACAGCAGCAACAAGUUGUACCACCACAAGUGGUCAUUUCAUCGCCAACAAAAUCUAUGAAUCAUUCAACAUCCGUUUGUUCGACGACAACCAAUCCUUCAUCAUCACAGCAAUCAUCAACAUCAUCAUCUUCAUUGAAUUACAAGGAAAGACGUCCACCAAAUUUAGAUGUAUCCGAAGCAGCAUCAUUAUUGGUCUCAUUGAAAUCCUCAAAUCAACGUUCUGCUGAUGUUAAUAGCCAGCCAUCGCCAAAUGAUUUAUCGAUUCAACAACAACAACAUAGAUCACCAUUAUUUUCACCGUCGACUGUUAUUCAACGGAAUUAUGGUCUUGAAAAUAAUCAAAAUAUAUCGAAUAGUUUGUAUCCUAGUGUUAAUGGUGGUGGUUCAUCGGCUGGAUCUUCCCCUUUACCCAUAACUCCAGUGAUGCAAUUAUUGCCCUUCUUCCAACCGAUUACUGCCAAUCAUCAACAUCAUUUGUCAGUUUCGACUGUUAAUGGCACCGAUACAUCUACGGCAGUGAAUGGAUUACGAUCAUUUUCAUCCUCAACAUCAUCAUCAAGAUCAUCGAAUGCACCUUCUCCAACACCAUUCGGUAUAAAUUAUGGAUCACAGCCUACACCCACCGGAACACCUACAACAUUAAUCCCAUCAUCUCAUCAUCAUGGAUUAGCUCUGUUGGCAAAUGGUUGUCAUCCAAAAUCAUCAAAUCUUCAACAUCACUUACCAAGUUCACCAUCGCUAGUAACAUCAUCGUCGCCAUAUUUGACUGUGCAAACUGCUUUAUCAGAUCAUAGUCAUGGAGAAAAAAAGAUAUCACCUUCAUCCACAUCUACAAAUUCCGAAUUGCAUUUUCCAUGGUAUUCUGUGGUGCCAUAUUUUGCUCCAAAUACACCUAGUUCAUCCCCAACUGCACAACAGCAACAACCAUUGAUCUCGUUAACAACAAAUGAUGAUUUUCAUCAUAGCCAAAAAACUACCAAAUCACAUCAUCAUAAGCAACAAGGAGGUGGUUUUCUAUAUGUACCUCCUUUAAUUGGCGUUAGUGGAAAUGGUGACAUGUCCGAACCGAUCUCACCGCCGCAUUCGGCACCACCACAUUUAACUCUCCAACAAAGGGAUCAUUUCAAUUCAUUUGGGUUGGAUGAUCGUGAUCCAGAUGAUCAAAAUGAUGAUGAUGAUGACGAUGUUUUUGUCAAGAAUUCAAAUCAUCAGCAGAUAAAAUGUGAUACCAAUACAAUGGCCAACAGUCCACCUGUAUUUAAUUCUAAAAAUAUUAAUCAAAUUGAUCAUUCUCAAGAUACAAACGAUAGUAAUAGUGAAUCAAAUAUCGAUGGCAAUAUUAAUAAUAAUAAUUCUGGUACAAAAUCGUCAAAAAAAUCUAAACGAAGAAGUCAUUCUUUAUCAUCUAUAAAUAGUGUUAAAGAAGGUGUCUCUAAAAAACGUUCGGCGGCUGGAGCUGUUCCAAAUGGUGAUAAUAGUAAUGAACAUUCGAAUUCAGGUGCUGAUUUGGAUAAAAAACAUAUUCGACGGCCAAUGAAUGCAUUCAUGAUUUUUUCGAAACGACAUCGAGCUCUUGUGCAUCAUAAACAUCCAAAUUCAGAUAAUCGUGCUGUGUCUAAAAUUCUGGGCGAAUGGUGGUAUUCAUUACCUGCGCAAGAAAAACAACAAUAUCAAGAAUUAGCUAAUAAAGUAAAGGAAGCGCAUUACAAACGUCAUCCAGAUUGGAAAUGGUGUUCGAAAUCGAUGUUACCUGGUUCUGAACAUGGAAAAAUUGGUGAAGAUGAUGAAGAUUAUGCAAAUGGUAGUGCCCUUGUAUCAAUGAAUACAAACAGUAAUAGUAAUGGUUCGAAUGGACAUAAAAAACGCCGAAGCAAACUAAAUGGAGAUUCAAAUGCAGAUCUAUCCACAAACGAAUUGAUCCAGGCCAAUGUUUUAUCGCCCAAUUCCCCACAAAAGAAUGACGAUAAUUCAGAUCCACCACGUUUGAUGAUUGUUACAGAAGAAACAACAUCUAAAAAUAAUGAUCAUGAAUCUGAGGCUAUUAAUUUGUCGAAGAAUAACGAAGGCGAUAAAUUGACAAUACCAAGUUCAUUUUCCAUAGCCAAAUUAUCGGAAUCAUCAUCAAAUCAACCGAUGCAAUCUUCGCCGUCAUUUAUUCAAUAUAAAUACAAAAAUAUGGUGAUCAAAUCAAAUGCAGCGACUGUUGCUUCCUCAAACUCAUCAUCAUCAGUAUCAUCCAUUUCAUCAUCUCCGCUUACGUUGUCAACCUCGUCUACAUCAACAACACCUAGUUCAGCUUCGUCAACAUCAGCCAUUAAUAAUGCCAAUAAUUCGCCAUCGCAGCAUCAAGCUCAAAGAUCUCCAGUAAUUUGUACAAGUAAAUCGUUGGAUAAUAAUUCAGCUUCAAAAGAACCAAUGUUCUACAAAACUAUAAUGAAUUUUAAAUCAGGUAAUUUAUCGGUUACAACACCACCAACUCCAGUUACAUCGAUUCCUGAAUCAUCGUCUUCGAAUAAUGAGAUUACUAAUUCAUCAUCCGAGAAUAAGAAAUUUAUUCUUGCACCAACCCCUGCACAAUUGGGUAAAUCUCGUGCAGCGGCUGCUAAAGCUAAACAAGCUGCUGUCGCAGCCAUUGAUUCUUCUAAUUCAAUGACUAAUGAAUUCGUGGUGAGUGAAUCUGCUUCAGAAUCAUCUCCCGUGGAAAAUCAAGCGCAAGAAAAUGAUGAACCGAAAGACUUUUCAUCACCUAAAAAUUGUGAAAAUGAAGAAGAACAUUCAAAUAACAUGGUUUUGGAUGAAUCUCAGUUAAAUUUGAAUGAUAAUGAAACAGCGAUGACCAUUGAUGAUGAUAAUCAACAAACAGAUGCGAUGGAUAAAAUUCUUGAAGAAGUAAAUUUCGAUCAACAUUUCGAACAGCUGCCAGAAUUCGAUCCAUCGAUAGCACCAUCCGUAGUAACGCCUACAACGCCAAUACAAUUAUCGCCAUCAAUGACGGCUGCAUUCGUGUCGUCAUAUCGUAAACGCCAACAACGUAAACAACAUUUAGCUGCAUUAGCAGCUAUUUCGGCAAGUAUAAAUAAUAAUCAACAAUCACAGCAGCAGCAGCCACAGCAGACACCUUCAUCAACGUCACAAUUAUUGAGUGCCAGCAGCAGUAAGACAACACCACCGGAUAGUCUAAGUCCAUUGAUUGUAAAAACACCGGAUAGUAGUACACAAACAGGUGCUGCCUUUUUUGGACCAAAUUUCAAUCUUACUGAAGCCAUUAAUCAUUUGAAUACGUUGACAAAUAGCGGAGAUUCAUUAUCGCCUAAAACUCCACUCGAUCAACCUCCAAAUUCUGCUAACAGUGAGAAACAAGGAUCAUCUGUUCGUAAGAUUCUUGAUCAACGGCGACAACUUGUCAUGCAAUUCUUUGCUGAGAAAGGUCUUUUUCCAUCUACUCAAGAAACAAAUGAAUUUCAGCGAAAAUAUCAUGAUAUAUUUCCAAAUAAGAAUACUUUGCAACUAAAAAUUCGUGAAGUACGCCAAAAAUUAAUGUCGUUUAAUGUGACUGAAAAUUCAUCCACAACUACUACUACUGGAAAUAGUUCUACACCAGUUACAACAAUAUCGACAAGCAUUUCGCAAAUGACUACCGAUUUGCAACAAAAUUGAAAUUUUAGACCACUCAAAUCAAUUGAAAUUCAACAUAUAGUAAUUCAUUGACAUUUUUAUUUCAUUCUUUAAGUGAACAACAAAUCCUUUAAUACCUUGAACUCCAUAUGCAAUAAGCUGUAAAUAACUCCGAUUUCUUGCCCCCAUCAAUUCUUCAUUUCACAUCUGACCUGAAUUGUGGGUUUGCCUUUCAUUUUCUCAUCAGAUUCCUAUUGAUCAAAAUCAUCGAUGACGAAAAAAUUACUUAAAAUACGAAUUAUUAUUUUAAAAUUGUGUUAGAUUAUAAUCAUGCCACAUGAGCCGUUUUUCUUUCCUUUUUUGGCUAUAAUUUGUGUCUUUUUAUAUAUAAAUUCUCCAUUUAUUUCAUUCAUAACACACAACAAUUUUAAACCUUUCCAUCCAUCUACCUACCUUGUUUUGAUGCAAAUAUAUCACUUAUAUAUAUAUAUCAAACCCCCUUGAUUUCUACAAAACAAAAAAAAUGAAAAAUCUAUGCCUCAUUGUUAUCAAUAUUUCCAUACUGAUGAACACAGAUAAAAAAAUCAAAUUCAAAUGGA